AUGUAUGCCCCUGCGCCACCACGCAACAAAAAGACAGACAUCACACGCAGCAGAAGUGGCUGCGUUCGAUGCCGCCAGAAACGGAGAAAGUGUGAUGAGGGCAAGCCGAGCUGCAGGCGCUGUGUUACAGCCAUGGCCAACUGUGAGUAUGGGGCUAUCACACUCAAAUUUAGGGAGGCGACACGCUGGGCAGCGCAAAAGGUUGAGCUUGGAAAGGGCAUGCCUUCAGCUGCGAUAACGAGGACUACACUUCCGCCACCCCAGAACUCAGCAGAGAUCGUUCAGGGGCACAGAGGGCCCAUCUCAGACGAAAGCACUGUCUCACCUGUUUACCAGCAGGUUUCACCGCCUCAAGACACUGAAGCUCCACUGGCAACUUAUUAUCACGAUGCACCACCUGCCCCGUUCCUGGUUGAACAGAACGACUGCUGCCAGAGCUCAGCCGGGGUCCCCGAGCUAGGCGUCGAGGUUGAUCCCUCACCCAUAUCUGUCACCGCUUUAGACCCCCCUAUAGGCAGUCAGGGCUCCGUGCCUGGGUCUUUGCUGCACUCUUGCUACUCACCAAAGUGGAGUGGUGCCCACCUGAGCCAGCUUGGGUUUGAUCUUGCAUCAACCGCAGCAGAUGCCGACGAUGCUUUAUACCCCAAUCUCCUUGACUUUCCUGAAAAUCUGGUAGACACUGGUUUGUCAGAGCCUUACUGGAGCGAGAUUAUGAUGCAGAACCCGGUCGGAAACUCUCCGGCGUCAUCACUUCAGCAGUCAACUGAUACUGAUGCCCAGGGGAACUGUGACAUCGUUCCAACAUGUCAGCCCUUAGUACUUGACCAUCCACAGCAACUAUCUGACCAGCAACAAUCAUCUCCAUCAGCUGAAUGGAAUUACCAAACAUCAAAAGCGAACACCAGCCAUGGAAACCGUCUUAUAUCUGUCCAGCUACCAUGGCCAAAAGCUCAGAAGCCGCCCCCUGGAUCAAAGAUCUCUGUGGGCCACAGAAUCUACCUGGCCCAUUUCAAGGUCGCCAUCUUACAGGCUUUCCCCCUCGAGCUACCAUUCUUAUGGGACAUGGUUAUCAAGUCGGAGCCCGUCCGUUACGCCGCUCUAUCGCUUUCAGCAGCAAAUCUCGCCAACUUACAGGGCCAGCAACCAGACGACAAUGAACCCGCUUGGGUUGCUAUGCCAGUUCACUCUGCUAGAGCUUCAGCCUUCUCUACACACACUGUUGAAGCGUUGGAAAACGGUACAGCCGUACCUUUGGAUGCUCGGAUUGUAACGAUGAUUCUAGUCGUCUUUUACGAGCUCGAAGCCAGCUCUUUCAGCAGUGCAUCCCACUCCCUUUCGAUAUUGAAUGUCAUGAUCCUCAGCUGUCCCGAGGAUGUCUUGUCGUCAGCCAACGGCCGUAUCAUCAUUCAAUGGUGGCUUCACCUUCGCACCUUCAUAGCCAAUGCCCAAGGUCCCUAUAGCCUCUACGGAGCCGAGGAUCCCGCCGAGUCAUUGAUCAACCAGUUAGAGGUGAGGGUCGCGGGAGCUCCGCAGAUGAUCGACUUGAUUACGACCAAGGCCACUCGAAUUUGGCACCGCGUCCUAGUGGCCAAAUGCUUCGAAGUACCAGAAGACAGGCCAGUCGACACUAUGAGAAAAGUGGAUGACUGGUGGAGGAUCUUGAAGGGGAACCACUUGUGCGACCCUGCACGAGAUGACGAAAGCCUGAUUCUGGGUGAAGAUGAGCUUUAUGAGGAAUUGGAGAACUUGCAAAGGACCUUGGACGCUUGUGAUGCUCCAAGCGACUUUCGGCCAAGCAUGCUCGAAGAAGGUCCAGCCUCUCGAGAAAUCUUGCCCCUCCGCUUCCCCAACCACCGCCGCGCUAUAGAAGUGGCGGAUUUCGCAUUCGCUCACAUCCUAUGCGCCCAGGAGCGUCUUCGUGCUAUGGUGGAACACUCAACAGACCUGCCACGUCAGUUCCCGGACACGGCUUUGGAUCCAGCGAUUACCAUGGACGCAUGGGUUUAUCUCUUAUUACGCACCGUUGCUGGUCUUGAUGUCUCCAAGUGCGCAAGAGAAAACACAUAUAGGAGAGGAAUCAUCAGCUCCCUAUUUUACACUGGACUUUUCUAUCCUGGCCAAGUCUCAUCAAAGUUCAUCACCGAUGCCAUCAAACGAAUGAUUGAGGCCCGAAUGGAGUUUGAAAACCCCUUUUACCCGCUCCGUGCAUUUAUCGACUUUCAAAACUCAUUACAGCACCAAGUGGCGGGUGGCAGGACUAUAUUCUUUGUUUGUUCGACGUAUGAUGAAUGGACAACUAGGGAGACCGUGUUAUCUGGAUGGGAAGAGGAGUAUUUGAUGGUUCUUGGUUGCGAACCGGAUGGUCGAUACUUCAAUGAUUUGGUCCCUUUUACCCAGACAUAG